AGUCUCGCGGAUGGCAUAGAUAAUGAGAUGGCGGUGGAGGGCUGUGCAGAGUGCAUCUUCAAUAGUCCAGUGGGUCGUCUGAGGAUUGCAGCCACCGCAGACGGCGUAUGUGCCGUGGUCUGGCUGAAGGAAGGGGAGAAGACGACAGAGCUGGUCGGAGAACACCAGGACCCCAAGGACCGUGCACGAGCUAGGCAGCACCUGGCCACCUGUACUGACUGGUUGACGGCCUAUUUCAGUGGCUCCCUCCUGGAAUCUCCAGUACCGAGACCUCCUCUAGUUAUCCCCAAGAAAGGAACGUUUUUCCACAGCGUGUGGUCUGCUCUCUGCAGCACGGAAGUCGGGGACACAGUGAGCUAUUCGGAGCUGGCGGGCCUAGCAGGGAACCCGGCAGCUGCACGGGCAGUGGGACAGGCGAUGCGCAAGCACUGCAUCCCUCUCCUCAUCCCGUGUCAUCGUGUUGUUAGGAGCAGAGGCGGUGGCUUGGGCAACUACAGUGGAGGAGAAGGCACACCCACCAAACAGUGGCUGUUAGAGCACGAGAAGAAAAUGGUGAAUGGGCCCUAA